AUGGCGUCCAGCACGCCGCAGAACGACAACCUCGUCCUGCCAGUCCCCCCACCCCUGCUCCACACACGCUCGACCAACGACAUGAACGAUCAGCCAGGCACGCCGAGUCGCGAUAAUGACGCCUUCAUCUCUCCCGUCCAGACGCCGACCGGCAGCCCCAGCAAGAACAAGAUGCCGCCCGGCGCCUUCGAUCUGCCCAAUGUCUUCUCGAACGCCAUGAAGCUGUACCCGACGCAGGGCCAGCCAAACAACAGUGCGCUGCAAUCGAAGCAGCAGGGCCCAGCAACACCUACUAGACAAGAAUUUGAUCCAUUCGGUGGACAGGAUGCAAAGGCAGGAGCGCCAGGCAGUCCAACGCGAAAGACUGGCAAGGAGAACACACCACCUGCGCAUCGCCCGCAGCUUCAACAGACACAGAGCUUCAUCACGCAGGCUGCUGCUAGUAGACAGGAGCCGUACCGUCCUCGUGAAGACCAUUCGCCAACACGCGGUGCCAAGACCAUUUCUGGUGGGCUGACUCCAGAAGACAUCGAGAAGUUGCAGAAGCCGAAUGUUAAGAGGUUGGCCAAUGUGACUCAGCUCUACUUCCUCGACUACUACUAUGAUCUUCUCUCCUACAUCCACAACCGUCAAAACCGUCUCCAGGCAUUCAAAACGCACAACCCGCCUCCGACCCCAUCGAUGCCCCAAGAGGAUGUCGACAAGUACAACCAGCUUUGGAAGCAGUAUCUGGGCCGAGAGCGGGGCACUCUACGAAAGAGACGGACUCGAUUACGACAUGGUGAUUUCCAGAUCCUGACGCAGAUCGGCCAGGGUGGCUAUGGCCAAGUGUACCUUGCGUCGAAGAAGGAUACACGAGAGAUCUGUGCUUUGAAGGUCAUGAGCAAGAAGUUGCUCUACAAGCUGGACGAAGUCAGACACGUCCUCACCGAGCGUGACAUCCUCACCAACGCUAAGAGUGAUUGGCUGGUCAGUCUGCUGUAUGCCUUCCAGGAUGACAACAGCAUCUAUCUGGCCAUGGAAUACGUGCCUGGUGGCGAUUUCAGGACACUGCUCAACAACACUGGUGUUCUCCAUAACCGACAUGCCCGCUUCUACAUCUCAGAGAUGUUCCUUUGCGUGGACGCUCUGCAUCAGCUUGGCUACAUUCACCGAGAUCUGAAGCCAGAGAACUUCUUGAUCGACGGUACUGGCCAUGUCAAGCUCACCGACUUUGGUCUCGCAGCAGGCUUCCUCGCGCCGGCCAAGAUUGAGAGCAUGCGAGUCAAGCUUGAGGAGGUCGGCAAUCUUCCAGCUUCAGCGAUUCCAUUUGGUCGACCCAUGGAAGAGCGAUCGCUCAAGGAACGUCGAGAAGGCUAUCGCUCGCUUCGUGAACGUGAAGUCAACUACGCCAAGUCCAUCGUUGGCUCCCCCGACUACAUGGCACCAGAGGUCUUGAAGGGCGACGAAUACGACUUCACUGUCGAUUACUGGUCUCUUGGUUGCAUGCUCUUCGAGGCGCUCGCGGGCUAUCCGCCAUUCGCUGGUGCAUCCGUCGACGAGACAUGGCAGAACCUGAAGCGCUGGCAGCAGGUGUUACGCAAGCCAGAAUAUGAGGAUCCCAACUACUUCCUCUCCCGCCGCACUUGGGACCUCAUUACCCGCCUCAUCACGGUCAAGAACAACCGACUUAGGGGCAUCAAGCAAGUGCAGACGCAUGACUACUUCCGUGAGGUGGCAUGGGAGCGGAUACGGCAAGAUCGUGCGCCAUUCGUUCCCGAGCUCGACUCAGAGACCGACGCCGGCUAUUUCGACGACUUCGGCAACGAGAAAGACAUGGCGAAGUACAAAGAGGUGCUGGAGAAGCAGGAGGCACUCGAGCGGAUGGCAGACCGCGGCGGCGACAUGGGACGCUCCCUCUUCGUCGGCUUCACUUUCAAACACAAGAAGCCCACCACCGACGACAACGGCGCGCCGACGAGCCCGCGCAAGCCCCUGUCCGACAUCCACGAGGACUUUGGCACCAUGGACAGCAUCACGUACAAUGGCGGCAUCGACCGAUGGAUGGAGUUUAAGGUUGUCGUUUGGGGGCGAGCGCAUAAUGAAUGA